AUGGAAGAAGUUGUUGGGAACGUUAACCACGUCGCAGGGAGUAGAACACCACGACGUGGUUAUGCACUACAUCGUGUCUGUUUUGUCUGGACUUGCCAUCGCGUGGGUGAGGUUUACCCUUUAUCUGGUGAUAGUCGUUUUGCAGGUUGGAUCAAUACAAGAGUUGAGAGUGUAACAAUGUUUCUCUGGUUCUACAGUUCAAAUCGUUCGACGUCGCUCAACUACGAAUCUUCAGGGAGUCAAGCAACCACUCUUCCUUUCUUCGGCAUUCAACCAUCGUCUCUAUUUAAGCAUUCCAUGGCAGAUAAGCAUUCUGAUGAAGGUGGGAGCACGGGCAAUUUUGGUGGUGAAAGUUCUGAAUCAACUGUGGAGAUCCGUAUCAAGACACUUGAUUCACAGUCAUACCAGUUUAAUGUAGAUAAAAAUAUGCUAGUUUCAGCAUUCAAAGAGAAAAUAGCUACUGAUGUUGGGCUUCCAGUUGGACAGCAGCGGCUCAUCUUUCGGGGCAAGGUGUUGAAGGACGAGCUCCGCCUUUCUGAAUAUCACGUUGGAAGUGGAGACACAUUGCAUCUAGUGGCUAGACAGCCUUCUGAAUCACAACCUCAAUCUGGUACCACAACAACUGCAAAUGGUAGUAAUACAGGACAAAAUGGAAAUGGUGGAGGUGCACGUCCGCGUGUCAGUCAUAUUUCACAUAGUGUAGUACUUGGGACCUUUGCAGAUAGAAAUGAAGAUGGCAAUCCUGAUCUUAGUCGGGUCAUUGGUGCUGUUUUAAAUUCAUUUGGAAUUGGGGGCCAGGGACAAGGCCAGGUGUCCAUGGGUGGAUCACUGCCAAAUAUGCAGUUCAAUGUUCCUGUGCAAGUUGCCCAAGGAAAUGAAGCUGGAGUUAAUGGCAACAAUCAAGGUCAACAGGGAAACCCUAGUCAACCUAGUUCUCAAGGUUUUGCCAUUCCAGGAAUGGCUUUACCAACACUUGUUACGCCAAUUCCUGAUUCAUUACACACACUUUCCGAGUUCAUGAAUCGAAUGGAGCAGGCAUUGUCACAUAAUGGGUAUCAGCAAAAUCAGGCUCCAAAUGGUGCGGAGGACCCACCAGCUGUAGUAUUGCCAUCUGGUCCUCGUGGCGUGCCUACACCUGCAGCUCUGGCUGUUGUUAUGCGACAUGCUCUACAACUUCUCAAUGGGCCUGCUACUGAUUCUCUUUCUCAUACUGCAAGAAGGCUGGAGGAAGAGGAGAGUUGCACUGAUCUGACAGUAAGAACCCAAAUCCAGUCAGAAGCCAUGCAGUCAGGUCUUGCCAUGCAACAUUUAGGCGCCCUUCUACUUGAGCUUGGGCGUACAAUGUUGACUUUGCGUAUCGGACAGUCUCCCGCUGAAUCUUCUGUAAAUGCUGGACCUGCUGUUUACAUCUCUCCAACUGGGCCUAAUCCAAUAAUGGCACAGCCCUUUCCUCUGCAAACUAAUUCGAUGUUUGGUGGUCCUCCAACACCCUUUGGUCCUGUUGGGGUUCCAAGGCAUAUAAAUGUUCAUAUCCAUGCCGGAAUCGGUCCGAGGGGAACUAAUGCUGAUUCAAACCAAAACCAAGGAGAACAACCUAAUGAAACAACUGCUGCUGCAGGAGUUAACGUGCAAACACAAAGUAGAGGUGUUACUGUUGAUGAUAGCACAAGGAGUGAAAAUCCAGCUUCUCAAGGCCAACCAGAUGGAAGUGUGUCUGUAUCUGAGACCAGAGUGGAUACAGAAGAUGCUGGAAACACCAUUGCCAUUACCAGUAGCAGUGCAACAAAAUCUGCAAGUGAGGUUCAAAAUUCUGCUUCUGCUUCUGCUUCAUCAUCCACUCCAGCCAAUGCUCCAACCGUUCCUCUUGGACUUGGGUUAGGAGGCUUACAACCCAAGAGACGAAGUCGGCAGACAAAACCAGAAGUGACUACUACUACUACUACUACUAGUAAUGCCCCUGUGCCUCCUGUUAAUGCGCCCCCUACUUCUAGUCCAGCUGGCGUUGGUGGCCAAUUAGAUCCUGCUGCAAUCAUGAGUCAGAUGGUGGCAAAUCCUGCACUUGAUGGUCUCUUGUCUGGAGUUUCAAGUCAAACCGGGAUCGGUUCACCGGAUGUGUUGAGGAACAUGUUGGGUCAACUAACUCAGAACCCUGCAAUGAUGAACACGAUGAUGCCGAUUGUUGCCCAAGCUUUUGGUGGUGGGGGAUCUGGUUUAAACAUGCUUCAACAACCACCUUCCAUGGAUAGUGGGGUUCAACCUAGAAGCAUAAAUGAUAGUUCGAGUGCUCCUCAGUUGAACCUGCGGGAUUUGGCUGAGAAGAUCGAACAGCAGGAGUCGCCAGAUGUAGUGUUUUCGUCUGUGGUUGAAGCUGCUGCUCGUGUGAACAACAAUAACAAUGGAGAUGAGCUUUCUGAGUUGCUUAUCCAAGAGGGUCUUGUUGAUGAGUUUAUGGAAAUGUUGAAGACUGAUGUUUCACGACUGCUGGAGGAAGAGGAAUAGGUCUUCUUUUUUAUGGAAUGGAAUUGAUGUACAAAAUACAUGGAAUGGAAUGGAAUCGGAUGUUAUUAUUACUCUUUUCUUGAUAUGAUUGAUAUAUAUAUAUAUAUAUAAUAUGGAACUUACC